UAUAUAUAUAUAUACCCUGUAAUUCGCUUAGUCACCUGUGUGGACAUGUAGAAGUGGGGAAAAGUUUUAGUAAUUUACACUUGUUUUCUCAAAGUGAACAAUAUUACAUGCAUCAUUAAUUAUUUAGCACAAUUUCGAUGGCCGAGGAGGCUAAUUGUAUUUUCUGUAAAAUUAUUAGGAAUGAAGAGCCAGGUGAAAAGAUUUACGAAGAUGAUGACGUGAUAUGUAUUAAAGACAUCAAUCCAGCAUCAACACAUCAUUAUUUAAUAUUACCAAAAAAGCAUAUACGCAGUGCAAAAACACUUACACCUGAAGACUCUGAGAUUUUUGAUAAGAUUGUUGCUACAGUAGACAUUAUUUCGGAAAAGUUGGAUCUUAAUCCUGCGUCUACACGAACAGGAUUUCAUUGGCCACCGUUUAAUACAGUUCAUCAUUUACAUCUACAUGUUAUUUCUCCAAUAGAGAAAAUGCAUUUUAUGAGAAAAAUGAUGUUUAAACCCAAUUCUUAUUGGUUUGUGAGCACUGACUAUAUAAAAUCUUACUUAGAAAAUUGUAAAUUAUAAAUAUGGAAUAUAAUUAUCUGUCAUU